GAGGCUGGUGGAGCCGCGGAGGCGAGACCCGGGUGCGGGAGCUGGGCCUAGGUCGGCGCCCUGGCGGCUGUGUCUGUGUGUGCUUCUCGGAGAAGCAGGACCCACCAGGAACAAUGCCACCGCCAUCAGACAUUGUCAAGGUAGCCAUUGAAUGGCCAGGUGCUAAUGCUCAGCUCCUUGAAAUCGACCAGAAACGGCCUCUGGCAUCCAUCAUCAAGGAAGUUUGUGAUGGGUGGUCCUUGCCAAACCCGGAGUAUUACACCCUCCGUUAUGCAGAUGGCCCGCAGCUCUACAUCACCGAGCAGACACGCAGCGACAUUAAGAACGGGACCAUCUUACAGCUGGCCAUCUCCCCGUCCCGGGCUGCGCGCCAGCUGAUGGAGAGGACCCAGUCAUCCAACAUGGAGGCCCGGCUGGACGCCAUGAAGGAGCUGGCCAAGCUCUCCGCCGACGUGACCUUCGCCACCGAGUUCAUCAACAUGGAUGGCAUCGUGGUGCUGACGCGGCUCGUGGAGAGCGGGACCAAGCUCUUGUCCCACUACAGUGAGAUGCUGGCAUUCACCUUGACCGCCUUCUUAGAGCUCAUGGACCAUGGCAUUGUCUCCUGGGACAUGGUUUCAAUCACCUUCAUCAAGCAGAUUGCAGGGUACGUGAGCCAGCCCAUGGUGGACGUGUCAAUUCUUCAGAGGUCCCUGGCCAUCCUGGAGAGCAUGGUCUUGAACAGCCAGAGCCUGUACCAGAAGAUAGCAGAGGAGAUCACCGUGGGACAACUCAUCUCUCACCUCCAGGUCUCCAACCAGGAGAUUCAGACCUACGCCAUCGCACUGAUUAACGCGCUUUUCCUGAAGGCUCCCGAGGACAAGCGACAGGAUAUGGCCAAUGCAUUUGCACAGAAGCAUCUUCGGUCCAUAAUCCUGAAUCAUGUGAUCCGAGGGAACCGCCCAAUCAAAACUGAGAUGGCCCAUCAGCUGUACGUCCUGCAAGUCCUGACCUUUAACCUUCUGGAAGAAAGGAUGAUGACCAAGAUGGACCCCAACGACCAGGCUCAAAGAGAUAUUAUAUUCGAACUGAGGAGGAUCGCAUUUGAUGCGGAGUCUGACCCUAGCAACGUCCCCGGGAGCGGGACUGAAAAGCGCAAAGCCAUGUACACCAAGGACUACAAAAUGCUGGGAUUUACGAACCACAUCAACCCAGCGAUGGACUUCACCCAGACCCCUCCUGGAAUGCUGGCCUUGGACAACAUGCUGUACUUGGCUAAAGUGCAUCAGGACACCUACAUCCGGAUCGUCCUAGAGAACAGCAGCCGAGAGGACAAACACGAGUGCCCCUUCGGCCGCAGCGCCAUCGAGCUCACCAGGAUGCUGUGUGAGAUCCUGCAGGUUGGGGAGCUGCCAAACGAGGGCCGCAACGACUACCACCCGAUGUUCUUCACCCACGACCGGGCGUUUGAGGAGCUCUUUGGGAUCUGCAUCCAGCUCUUGAACAAGACCUGGAAGGAGAUGAGGGCGACAGCCGAGGACUUCAACAAGGUCAUGCAGGUUGUCCGAGAGCAGAUCACCCGAGCUUUGCCCUCCAAACCCAGCUCUCUGGAUCAGUUCAAGAGCAAACUGCGUAGCCUGAGCUACUCUGAGAUCUUGCGGCUGCGCCAGUCGGAGCGGAUGAGCCAGGACGACUUCCAGUCCCCACCCAUCGUGGAGCUGAGGGAGAAGAUCCAGCCCGAGAUCCUCGAGCUGAUCAAGCAGCAGCGCCUGAACCGGCUCUGUGAGGGCAGCAGCUUCCGGAAGAUUGGGAACCGCCGAAGGCAAGAACGUUUCUGGUACUGCCGCUUGGCCCUGAACCACAAGGUCCUGCACUAUGGUGACUUGGACGACAACCCUCAAGGGGAGGUGACAUUCGAAUCCCUGCAGGAGAAAAUUCCUGUUGCAGACAUUAAGGCCAUUGUCACCGGGAAAGAUUGCCCGCACAUGAAGGAGAAGAGCGCUCUGAAACAGAACAAGGAGGUGUUGGAGUUGGCCUUCUCCAUCCUGUAUGACCCCGAUGAGACCUUAAACUUCAUCGCCCCUAACAAGUAUGAGUACUGCAUCUGGAUCGAUGGGCUCAGCGCCCUCCUGGGGAAGGACAUGUCCAGCGAGCUGACCAAGAGUGACCUGGACACCCUGCUGAGCAUGGAGAUGAAGCUGCGGCUGCUGGACCUGGAGAACAUCCAGAUUCCGGAGGCGCCCCCACCAGUGCCCAAGGAGCCCAGCAGCUAUGACUUUGUCUAUCACUACGGCUGA